UGAAAUUCAAAUUAAACGCCCAUAAAUGUAAAUAAAAGAAAUUUGGGAAGCAAACUUUACAGAAGAGGUCGGUUCUUAACUUCUUGUAGCCAGAAUUAGGGUGAAUUAACGAUGAAUGUUCGCGUAGUAUCGUUGGUUUCUGCUGUGCUCUUUUAUGCAGUUACACUUCUUCAAAUGCGCCAGACAGAAGGAAGGUCGACGUCUUUUGUUAAACUCAUUGAACCGCCAUGUUGGAAGGUAGUGAAGGAAGAUAAAGAGAAAUUCGGUGACAACUUUCCUGAAGAUUUUACCAGUCCAGAUUGUGACAAGAAUGGAUAUUUCCAACCUCUUCAAUGCCAUCCAAUGAUGGGGUGUUACUGCGUUGAUAAAUUUACCGGCAAACAUACGUCGGAAUAUUUUACUGGUUUAAACAUUCCAAAUUGUGACCAAUCAUCACCCACCGUCUCGAGCCAAGUAACAAAUCCACUGCCAACAACUGGAACAAAAUUUUCAACAUCUCAACCCACAAUCAAAAGGACAACUCAAUCCAUCACACCAGAACCCCCAUGCUGGAAGCAAGCAAGAAAAGAUAAAGAAAGGUUUGGGAACAACUUCCCUGAGGACUUUUCGAGUCUUAGUUGUGAUAAGGACGGAUAUUUCAAACUUUUGCAAUGUCGUCCACUGAUGGGAUGUUAUUGUGUUGAUAAAUAUACUGGGACCAGGGAAGACCCAGUUGUGGCAAACUGCGGGUUACUCAACCGAGGAAUAAAGUCACUUCCAACAGAAAGAACAUCGCCAACAUCUGAGAUUACAACCAGCAUAAGUACUGCAACACAACUUAAAUCCCCAUCGACCACAGACACUACACAAGUCAUUGAACCGCCAUGUUGGAAGGUAGUAAAGGAAGAUAAAGAAAAAUUCGGUGACAACUUUCCUGAAGAUUUUGUCAGUCCAGAUUGUGACAAGAAUGGAUAUUUCCAACCUCUUCAAUGCCAUCCAAUGAUGGGGUGUUACUGCGUUGAUAAAUUUACUGGGAAACAUACGUCGGAAUAUUUUACUGGUUUAAACAUUCCAAAUUGUGACCAAUCAUCACCCACCGUCUCGAGCCAAGUAACAAAUCCACUGCCAACAACUGGAACAAAAGUUUCAACAUCUCAACCCACAAUCAAAAGUACAACUCAAUCCAUCACACCAGAACCCCCAUGCUCGAAGCAAGCAAGAAAAGAUAAAGAAAGGUUUGGGAACGACUUCCCUGAGGACUUUGCGAGUCUUAGUUGUGAUAAGGACGGAUAUUUCAAACUUUUGCAAUGUCGUCCACUGAUGGGAUGUUAUUGUGUUGAUAAAUAUACUGGAAAACCAACAUCGAAAGCUUCCCAAGAAGGUCUUUUUUUAUCUGACUGCCAGAAAUUGCCGGUCACUGUCUCAAAUCAAGAAACAGAGUCAUUGCUAACAGGAAGACUGCCAACAUCUCAAUCAACAACGCAAAGGUCGCUACCAGUUACGGCUCAUUCAACGGCACCAGAGCCUCCAUGUUUAAAGAAAGUGAAGGAAUAUAAAGAAAUGUUUGGUAGCAAUCUUCCUGCAGACUUUGUCUAUCCAGAUUGUGAUGAAGUUGGAUAUUUUAAACUUUUGCAAUGUGCUCCAUUGAUGGGAUGCCGAUGCGUUGAUAAAUAUACUGGAAAACCAAUUUCGAAGUCUUCCCAAGAAGGUCUUUUGCUGGACUGCCAGAAAUUGGUGGUCACUGUCUCAAAUGAAGGAACAGAGUCAUUGCCAACAAGAAGACUGCCAACAUCUCAAUCAACAACGGAACGUAUGAUCCAACGUACAACUCAAUUAAUUACACCAGAGCCUCCAUGUUUAAAGAAAGUGAAAGAAUAUAAAGAAAUGUUUGGUAGCAACCUUCCCGAAGACUUUGUCUAUCCAGAUUGUGAUGAAGUUGGAUAUUUUAAAAUUUUACAAUGUGCUCCGUUAAUGGGAUGUCAAUGUGUUGAUAAAUAUACUGGAAAACCAACUUCGAAAUCUUCCCAAGAAGGUCUUUUGUUAGCUGACUGCCAGAAAUUGGUGGUCACUGUCUCAAAUGAAGGAACAGAGUCAUUGCCAACAAGAAGACUGCCAACAUCUCAAUCAACAACGCAAAGGUUGUCUCCAAUUACAGUUCAUUCAACCGCACCAGAACCUCCAUGUUUAAAGAAAGUGAAGGAAUAUAAAGAAAUGUUUGGUAGCAACCUUCCUGAAGACUUUGUGUAUCCAGAUUGUGAUGAAGUUGGAUAUUUUAAACUUUUGCAAUGUGCUCCAUUGAUGGGAUGCCAAUGUGUUGAUAAAUAUACUGGAAAACCAACAUCGAAGGCUUCCCAAGAAGGUAUUUUGGUGGACUGCCAGAAAUUGGUGGUCACUGUAUCAAAUCAAGAAACAGAGUCAUUGCCAACAAGAAGACUGCCAACAUCUCAAUUAACAACGCAAAGGUUGUCUCCAACAACAGCUGAUUCAACCACACCAGAACCUCCAUGUUUAAAGAAGGUGAAAGAAUAUAAAGAAAUGUUUGGUAGCAACAUUCCCGAAGACUUUGUAUAUCCAGACUGUGAUGAAGUUGGGUAUUUCAAAAUUUUGCAAUGUGCUCCAUUAAUGGGAUGUCAAUGUGUUGAUAAAUAUACUGGAAAACCAACUUCGAAAUCUUCCCAAGAAGGUCUUUUGUCAGCUGACUGCCAGAAAUUGGCGGCCACUGUUUCAAGUCGAGAAACAGAGUCAUUGCCAACAAGAAGAAUGCCAACAUCUCAAUCAACAACGCAAAGGUUGCUGCCGGUUACAGCUCAUUCAACCGCACCAGAACCUCCAUGCUGGAAGCGAGUAAGAAAAAGUAAGCGAACGUUCGGUGGAAAUUUUCCUGCAGACUUCGUCUUGCCAGUUUGCGACAAAGAUGGAUAUUUUCGACCUUUACAAAGUAACCCAAUGAUAGGCAGCUUUUGUGUUGAUAAAUACACAGGGAAACGCACCUCAAGAUUUUACAGGGGUUCAGCUUUACCAAGCUGCUUGAAAUCAUUGCUCGCUGUUUCGAGUCAUAAAGGAAUAAAUUUAUUGCUAACAAGAAGAACACGGCCAACAUCUCAAUCAACAACCCCAAAAGCAUAACUCAAUUUACAACGCAGUCAACCAUACCAGAGCCGCCAUGUUGGAAGAAACGAAAUGCAUUGAAAGCGAUAUUUUGGAAGAGACGCCCUCAGGAUCUGUUUCUCCCAAACUGCGACAAGGAUGGUUAUUUUGCUGCGAUACAAUGCCCCCCAUUAAUAGGCUGUCGUUGUGUGGAUAAGUACGGACGACGUAGCAAAGUGACAGGUCGUAUUCUCGGUGCUCUUGGUUUUCGCUGCAUCUUCUAGUUCCUUUCCCAAAACAGAUAAAGGCCCGUUUUACACUUGCAAAUUUUUUUCCAUUUUAUGUUCGAUUUUCUUCUUUUGAUAGAUGUGAAAGAGUGAAUUAGUUAGAUACUAAUGCUAAAAAAGCUCUCAUACAUCAGAACAUUCGUACCUAAUUACUCAUUCACAUCUAUCAAAAGAGGAAAAUCGCAGCAAAAAUCGCAGGUGUAAACGGCCUUAAAACGAGAUCGGAAUCAGAAAAAGAAAAACACAUAUAUAUAUAGACACCUAUCAAAUUUUCAACGAUAUUUGAUAGAUGAUGUAAUAAGAAUGAAGGGAUUUUUGAAAACAUAUACCUAUGGCAAUGGUGGGAAGAUUAAUACACAUUGACAAUUAUAUAUUAAUUCAACAAACAUCAAAAGUCUUGACCAGUCAUUGUUAAUAUAAUACUUA